AUGGAGUGCCAAGGGGCAAUUGGUGGCAGCAGCUGCGGGGCAGGCAGUUGGUUGGCCAACGGGCAGUUGGCAGAUUCGUGGUUGGCCAGCGGGCGUGGUUGGCCAGCGGGCGUGGUUGGCCAGCGGAGCGUGGUUGGCCAGCGGAGCUGGUUGGCCUACGGAUACGGUUGGCCUACGAAAAUUCCAGAACGGGCCAGUAGCUUCCAGAACGGGCCCGUAGCAUCCAGAAUUGGCCAGAAAUGGCCAGAAUUGCCCAGAAGCUUCCAGAAAUUGGCUGGCCAGCAGAUUCAACCCAGCCAAGUGGGUCCCACAGCCAACUCAGCCACCAUGUCCAGAAUUCUCUACAGGGUGUGAAAUUACCAAAAGGUCCCUGAAAGUUCUAGAGAGGCAAUCUUAGCCACACAUUGGAGAAUGCAUCUCCACCACACAUUAAGGAGGUGGGAUGCCUAUAAAUAGCUACUUAGGGAGUUCAUUUGUACAUAGAACAAGAGAGAACAAGUGAGAAAGUGAGAUACCAAAAGGUGUACAAAGCCUUGUAAAGCUUUCUUUGAGCAAUACAAAUUUCUUCCUUCCAUCAUCA